AUGUCAAAUGAAAACAACAGUGGAAUUGAUACUGGGGGUAACUCAAAGAGCACAUCAAAUGUUGUUGAAACAUUGGCAAAUCCAUUCGAACCUACUGAUCCGGUAGAAGUUAUAGAAGAUGAAAUGGUCAAUUCCAAUUCCAACUCAAACUCAAACUCAGUUACCGAAACACUACUAAAUCAUUCAACUCCAAAUCAUAUCACCAGGUCUAAAUCAACUCCCAAUACUCCAAAACAAUUACGAAUAAUACAAAAUACUUAUAGAAGAAUAAGUUUAGAUGAUAAUGAUUUAUUAAAAAAUCAUAAAAAUUAUGAUGAUGAACAUAUAACAAAUUUAAAAAAAUUUCAAAAAACUAUUUUAAAACCAGUUGCAAAAUGGGCAAUAACUCCAAUAAAUAAAAUUCAAAAAAGUUAUAAUAAUAAAUUAAUUGAUGAAGAAAAUAAUAAUGAUAAUUACCACAUAGAAUAUUCUGUUUUUAGACCAUUAAUUACAACCAAGAGAUUAGAAACUUCAAAAGAUAUAUUAACUCAUUGGAGAGAUUCAGUUGAAUUAACUACUCAAAAACCAUUUGAAUUUCCAGAAAAUUAUAUAAAUCAAUUAAAAUUUAACAAGAUUGUAAAAAAUAUAAAAAAUUUAAUUGAAAUUGAUCAUAUUUAUCCAGAAAGAAAUUUAAAUGGUUCAUCAGGUAGUUAUUUUGUAUUUCAAAAAAUUGAAUUUGAAGGUAUUAUAAGUUAUGAAAAAAUUGGUAUAUUUAAACCAAAAAGUGAAGAACCUUAUGGUCCUUUACUGCCAAAAUGGAUAAAAUGGUUACAUAGAACUUCUUUUCCUUGCUUUUUUGGUAGAUCAUGUUUAAUUCCAAAUUUAGGUUAUAUAAGUGAAGCAGCAACAAGUGAAUUAGAUCAAUUAUUACAAUCUUAUAUUGUUCCUUUCACUGAAAUUAUUGAAUUAAGAUCUCCUACUUUUUAUUAUCCAAUAUGGGAUAGAUCAAAAAAUGUUCAAAAUUUACCUUUUAAGAUUGGUUCAUUACAAUUAUUUCUAAAAGGUUAUAAAAAUGCUGAUUUAUGGUUUAAAAUUUAUCCAAUACCAACAAAUUUAAAUUUUUUACCUAAAAAUUCAAAUAUUGAAGUUAACAUCAAUGAGCUAGAAAUAAAUUAUAAAUUUCAAUGGAGUCAAAAUUUAAUGUUACAAUUUCAAGAAGAAAUUGAAAAAAUGGUUAUAUUAGAUUAUCUUAUUAGAAAUACUGAUAGAGGAGCAGAUAAUUGGAUGAUAAAAAUAGAAUGGGAAGAAAUUAAUCGUAAUACUACUACUAAAACAAUGAAACCCGUAUUAAAAAUUGGAGCAAUUGAUUCAGGUUUAGCAUUUCCUUGGAAACAUCCAAAUGAAUGGAGAUCUUUUCCAUAUGGUUGGUUAUUUUUACCAUUAUCAAUAAUUGGUCAACCUUUCACUACUAAAACAAGAAAUCAUUAUUUACCUUUAUUAACUUCAAAAAUUUGGUGGGAAAAUACAGUGAUUAAUUUAAAAAAAGUAUUUAUGAAAGAUAAAGAUUUUAAAGAAAGAAUGUGGUUAAAACAAUUAGCUGUUUUAAAAGGUCAAGCUUUUAAUAUUGUUGAAGUUUUAAAAUUAGAUUAUGCUGGUCCAUUAGAAUUAACAAGAAGAGAAAGAUUAUUAGUAUUUGAUGAUAUUAUGUAUAUUCCAGAAAAUGAAAAUGAUAGAAAUAAGACGGUGAUGAAUACAUCAAAUUAUCAAAAUGAUAUUACAAAUGGUCAAAUUUUAAUUAAUGAGAGGAGUGAUGAAGUAAGUCAAAGUGAUGAUGAAGUAAAUCAAAGGGUCAAUGAAAGAACAACGUUAUUACCUAAGAGCCAAGAUCACCAUCAACAUCAAAAUCAUUUACAACAAAUUGAUGAAAAUCAAGAAUAUGAAUCUGGGUUUGAAAGAAUGAAUAAACAAUUACCAUCACCUGAAAGAAAAGGAAGAAAAGUUAUAAUGGAAAGAAUAGUUAAAGAGCAUUCAAACCCACCAGUAUUUACAUGGUGUUGA